UUAAUCGCCCGUGGGAAUGUUUGUUAUAUAACGCGAUUUACCGCAUUCCCUUCUUUAGCUGGUUACGGGCAAUUGCAUGCACGCGCGAGACAGGCUGAGCCCAGGCUACCGACGCGCGCAUCGCCGAGCUGUACGGACUUUGAAAUCCUACAUUCAAGCAGAUCCUCUUGGAAUAUUAAAGGCGAGAUACAGCCCAUAGGUAGCCCAGAGGAAUGGAAUUUGUAGUGGAUAUCUUGGGCGCAGUGAGUCAUGGAGACCUUGAAAAGUCAGCAGAACAGUACAUGUCAGACCUUCUACGCAGCAACCCAGAUAAGCCGGAAUACUUUACGCUGCCCAAGUCCAGACAGAUUCCCCUCAGUCUGCCCAACAUGGGCUUCGUGCCCAUCUAUGGGGCGGACCUGAAGCGCAAGGUGCUGGCUCUUUUUGCACCAGAAGACCAGUUCACAGCUGUAGCACUUUACUUGGCAGAUCAGUGGUGGCCGUUGGAGGAAAUCCUCAAAACCUCUGAUUCCUCCCGAGAAGGUCUCCUGAAGGUGAAGACACUAGGAGAGAGGAUAGUCUUGUAUGUUCUCAAUCGCUUAGUGUACCGAGCGAAAGAGAUCGACAAAAACGAAGUGCCCUUUCUUUGUCAUAGUGAAACUGAUUAUGCCAAAGUCCUCUGGAAAGAUGGCGAGGCUAUUGGAUUUUACUCCGUUAAACCCAAAGGCAGCCUGUGUAGCAGUUUGUUGACACAGUGCUAUCUGCUUCCUGUAAUGGAUUCAAUAUUUGUCAGGAAGGCCCAUCGAGGCAAUGGGCACGGCCUCCAAAUGCUGGAGGACUUUGUGGAUUCUUUCAAGGAGGAUGCCCUUGGGUUGAAGUAUCCCGUUUCAUCGGCGAUGUUCAAAGUGUGUGGAUGUUAUCUCAGCACAUAUCCAGCAGACCAAGAUCUCCUCUGGGAGGUUGAGAGUGUUGGAGGGCCGUUCCAAAGGUUCCAGGUGGCCAGUAAGAUUCAACAGAUGUCUGUAGAAGGAGCAGAGUCGCUAAAUGAAGAUGUAACAGAAAUAUUCAGGGUAGAACGGUCUCCAGAAUCCAUGAAAGAAGUGGAUGUUCUCAAUGAACACAUCAUAACAACAGAAGGUACUGAAGACACGACAGUUUCAACGUGCACAAGAAGUAGCGAAUUCAAGCGCAAGCGGCUGAGGGAGGAAGCAGAAGACACUAAAGAAAUAUUGCCAGAAAAAAUUAACAGGGUGGAGGAAGCUGCAACAGAGACCGUGACCCCCUCUGAAGAGCUAGUGGAGGUGCAGGAGGGGGAGAAAGAACAGGGUGAUGAAGAUGGGAUGGAGGUUAUGUCCUCAGAUGCUCCAGUGCACAAGGAGACCCAGGACAAGGCUCAAGCCGGGGAGGCGGGGCUUCUGAGGGAGCCAGAGCAAGUGAAUGGAGAUCAGGCCAGCAGCGUGGGGGAGGUAGAAUCGGACACGAGCGAGGGUUCGAUGGAGCCAGCCGCUUUGCAGGAGAACGGUGCCCUGGGGGAGGGGGAAGAGAGCCACCAGUAUGCCGAGGGGGUGGCAGAGCAUGAGGAACCAAUAGAUGCUAGUGUUGAACAACCAGAGAGAACUGCACCACCAGAAAGCCCCCCAGAGAUACAAGUAGAGGAUUCACCAGAGAUAACAGUGGAAGCACCGUCAUCAAUUGAGGAGGCCACAUCACAAGUGGAAAAGGAGAUUCCUUUAGAGGCAGAAAAUGAGGCCCCUUCGUCAAAAGAGGAGUCCACAUCACCAGUGGUGAAUGAGGACCUUCCGAUGAAGCAACAGAUUCCUGCAAUAACUAAAGACAAGGUAUCUGAGCAGGCAGAGGUGAAAAAGGCUGAAACGAACGAGAAGGAUCCAGGAUCAACAGAACAUAGUAUUUUAGAUAUGCCAAAAGAAGUGGACAUACCUGUCGAAAUACUAUCAAGUGACAAGGUGACGGAGGAGAAAACAAGUCAUGGAGCUGAAGCUGUAGAGGAAGAUGCUCCUGACAUGUCAGUAGAAUUGGCAGAUGAUGAUCUCAGUCAGGAUACCGUGCUGCUCGUGGGCCUGAAGGAGGUGUCCUAUCAGCUACCAGUGAAUGAGAAUGAAGAAGAAUUGGCAGAGGAAACGGAACAGCAGGAGGAGUUAGAAGGGGACGUGUGUGGGGAGGACGGAAAUGUGAAAAGUGGAGAAGUGUUGGAGGCCGUUGUGCAAAAAGACAGUGUAGAGGAAGAGGAUGCAGGAGAAAUGAUGAAAGAGGAGAUUAAAGGGGAUGAGCGGGGAGCAGCCACUGGGGAGGAGACAGACAGCGCUGAGAAGGACUCUAACGAUGUGAUGGAGACUCCUGUCUCGGACAUGAGAGUUCUGAGGAAGAGGACGGCCAGAGUGAUCCAAGCACCUCCUACACGCAAAUCCAAACGGCUGAGCAGACCUCCUGGUGAUGAUGAGGCAGAACCAGUGGAAGCAUUCGAGGAACCAGAGGAGGAGCAUGAGGAGGAAAUGGCGGAGGAAAAGGUAGAAAUGACUGAGGAGAAAGCCCCUAAGGAGGAUGAGGAGGAGGACGAUGACGAUGACGAGGAGGAGGAAGAGGAGGAAGAAGAAAAGGCCAGAAAUGCUGAAGAAGCGGCAGAGAAGAGCUCAGAUGAUGGAGAGGAGCCUCCAGUGGUGGACAGGAGAGGACUUAGGAGGAAAGCUAAGGUGGUCCAGUCGCCAUCGAAACCUAAACCGAAACGACGCAGCAAAACAUAAGAGCAGGACUGUAGGGAUAAGUGUGGUAUUUCUGCAUUACCUGGGAGAGCUUUCUAGCUGCUGUUUUUUUGGCAGUUGCUUGGUUUCCACAAAAAUUGGGAAAGUUUUUAUAUUAGAUGGGAGAGGGGAGCUCACAUUUCUUUAUUAUACACUUAUUCAUAAAGUUUAAGUUGUUAUUAAAAAGCUUUACGUUUUUUUUUUUUCUUUUUUCCCCAUUCUGUAGUCGUUCUCCACUGUUUUUGAUACUAUAUCCAAUGCUGCUUCAUAGCUUAUGCCAUUUUAAUGUAGAUUGUUCUUAGUGUUUGAAAUUUUCUUAAAUCUCUACUGGAUUAAUCUCAUCAAUAUCAAAAGUGUAAUGCCUUGUACUUCUUGAAGCGCAAAGACAAUGCUGGACACAUCAUGUUUACUUGUUGAAACAGGGACGUUGUGACUGUUAUUCCACAGAUAAGAUGAACUUUAUUGAUCCCAGUGGGAAAUUUUGGAAGAAUUUUGAAAGAAGCCUACUGAUACCCUCUAGCAGUCUUACGUAGCAGUUUUUAAAAGGGAAGGGAUGCAGAAAUAUUCACACUUAAUGCAAAUUCGCUUUGCUAACAUAAGUCUAAAAAAUUAAGGGAUUUGGAAGAAGACAGGCUAGAAACGUAACCCCUAGAGUUCUAUAUGUCACCAAAAUGGAUUUUUCCCCCCUUGUAUUACUAGCAAGAGUAUUGUUUCAAUUGUAGAUCUGCCUGUAAAAUUUUAAAUGACAUUGCCCAUUAAACCCAGAGUAAAUGGAUUUUUUUAUUUAGAUCUGUAUGAGAAAUGCUUUAAAUCAACUUUUAAAACAUGAACACAACUCAUACCGAUCGAUAUUUCAUAUUGGAGGUGUUCCAUCUUUCAGAUUCAUUUUAAGUGGCACAUUCUAUUCUUUCAAUCAAUCACUCAUCACAUUGGAUGGCAAAUAUUUAACUCACGGUCCUGUUGCAAAUUCGCUUUCAGCAUAGCACACAAAUUCAACUGAAAUUCACCAUGAACAACUGGUUGUUUAAAUAGUAGCAUUAAAAGAUACUGUUUCCCCUGUAUUCACUUGAUUUUUGGGCUUGAAACUGUUAUAUUUGUACACAGUAAGGAUUCUAUGGGUCAGAAAACUGAAAAAUAAACCUCCUUUGCUCACUUUUAUAUGUAUUUUAAAUAUUUCAGUAAACUAUACAAGGGCUUUAAAUGUUGCUUCAUUGGCACCAAAUGAAUGUUAUUGGUGCCAAAUUUUUUUCAUUGACUGAAACCACAUUCCAGUAAUUCCUGUAUGUGCCCCUUUAGAAAAUGUUCAAAUAUUCAGAUACAAUUUUCAUGUUAACUUGACCUUGGCGUUAUUUUGAAUGGGGUGAUAAAAAAUAAUUGAAAAGUAGAUUGUAUGUAUUCAUACUCCCAUUUCUAGGAUGAAAUGUUAGACAUCAGUUAAAUUUAAAUGAGGACUAAAUGGAAAACGCUAAACAACUUCAUUGGUCAUGUUUGAAAUCUGGGACAGGGGCUGUAAAACCUGUACCUGAGCAAAUUAAAUCAUGAACUGUUCCAAUAAUGUUUUGGUAAAUAUAGGAAAAAAUACAUUUCUUUUUCUUAAUUUCUUGCUUAUUCUUAGGAAAUAAAGAUUUCUGUCACUGACCA